AGCAAGCACUGAUAAAGGCUGUGGAACUGAAUAUACAUUAUGUGCGCAGGCAGCCUCUGGUGAUAUGGAAAGUACUGAGCCUGGCAGUGGAGGGAGAGGUUCUAUAUCCAUGAAACAGAUUAAUGCUGAAUGAGGCAAAGAUUAAGUGAACUUUCAGUAACCACAUAUUUUUAAUACAUGGCUUCAGCUUGCAGAUGCUGGGUUCCUAGCAGAAGUUCUGACCAUUGGAGGCCAACAGCCUUGCAAAGUGUUCUGGUAAAAUUAUGCCCUCAUGCCCAACCCCUGAAGGUCGGUUCUAUAAAGCCCAUUUGCUCACAUUAAUGGGAGAACAUAAUCAAGGGAACAUGGAUGUCGCCUGGCAAGAAAUCCUUUCCAUUGCUGAACUACAGGGCCUCGAUGCACAGAAUAACUCUCCAUAUGAUGCCAUUGGUUGCGGAACUUCUGCCAUGCCCAGCUCUGACUAUGGAUCAUGCCAGUUUACACAAGGUGUUGCGCAAAGUGUAAACCACAAUAUUCAGGUAUAUGACCAAAUUUACAUGGAUGCAAAUACUUCUCAAGAUCAGCAUGUCUAUACUUUGCCUUUGGCUUCUGCGUGUGGCCCUACUGCCUACACCGGAAUGCUCAUCUCUUCAAGCAUUAAUCAGAUGGGGGCAUCAGGACAUUAUCCCCCCAAGAAUCUACCCUUGAAUGGACUCUUUACUGCAUCAACGAUGCCCAACGUGAGUGUAUCCAGCACAAACUCUGUACGCCAACUCUGCAAGGGCCAAGAUGAAUUUGAAUCAGACUCUGGCCUCUCAUUGAAUUUUAGUGAUGGGGAAUCCAUUGAACUGGAAAAUAUUGAAUCACAAAGAUUGCAGGUGGAAUACAUGGAAAUGCUUCCUGCAUUAGUAGGUCAAGACCAGUUUGGCAUAGUACAGUCUCUAAUGCAUAAUAUAACUGAUGCCCAUCAGUAUAGUGCAUUGCAAAGUGAAGAACUGGUCUGCAACCGAGAUGAAAGACAGGCAGCUGCCAUGAAUAUUCCCUUUCCCACUGAAAGGAUUGUUAAUUUGCCUGUAGAAGAUUUUAAUGAAAUUCUGUCUAAUUACACACUGACUGAUACCCAGAUGGCUUUGGUCAGAGAUAUCCGGAGAAGAGGCAAGAAUAAAGUAGCUGCUCAAAACUGCAGAAAACGCAAGAUGGAAAAUAUCGCCAGUCUAGAAAGGGAGAUAGGGCAGCUACAGACAGAACGUGAAGGCCUGAAAAGGGAACAAGAAGAAGCGGGAAGGGUAAUGGGGGACCUAAAAAGGAAACUUGAAGGUCUCCAACGUGAGGUUAUGAGUGUCUUAAGUGAGAAAGGCAGCCACCAUUAUCAUCUGGAAGACUUCAUGUCCAACUAGACCAUAUACUGUAGGAGGCUUGGACUGGAAAUCAAAAUAGGCCCUGGCAUUUCAAGUACACAGAAACCCCCUCAGCAGCCCACUAAAUUGUGUCUGUCAAUAGCAUUUUACAGCAGCCCCUGUAAUCCACAGAUUGCCAGUCAUGAGUAGGGCUCCCUUGCCCCCCAAAUAAGAGAGAUUUAACUGACAGGUCUGGUUGAUAUGGCAGGAUGUUCAUAUCUGACAAAUGAAUAGUCUAGUUCUGUACCAUAAAGAAUGACAAGUGACCUGUCAAAGAACUUUAACACAAGCAGCCACACUGGCUCAGGCUAUACAGAGGGGCCACAAAAAAAUAUUAAAAUCUAAGUGGCAAAAUCACCUUUUGCUGCAACAGUGCACAGACCACUUGUCAUUCAUAUACAUUCAAUUUCAACAUAUUACUGACCCCAGAAGCAACACCAAAGGGAAGAAAUAACUCCAUGCCUAAUGCAAAACAUAGUUAUGUCUUUUUUAUAUCAACUGUAGAAAAGAGACGUUCUGCAUAGUCAUUUUAAUCCAUAUCAUUUGUGGCACACUAUACACCUGUUUUGUUUUUGAGCUUUAAUUGUGUUCAACUCUAAUGGAGUGCAAUGCAUCCUAUUUAUAAGUGGUGCUUACACACAGAGACAAGAAGGCACGGAUAUUUGCACACUCCUUUCUUCAUUGCAUUUAUAAGUGAGUGGGUUUUGUCUUUGAAGCAUUUCUUUCAUACAGUAAAACACCAUGCAGUUCCCAUAAGGAAUCAGAUCUUUGCCCUUGUUUUCUAAUUUCAAAACCUACUACCGGUCAGUUGCUAUGGGUAACUGCCCUGGUGCAAUUUAGCACCUGUGCUAAUGAAUUGGCCAUGCUAGUGUACAUUAAGGGGUCGAUUCACUAUGGGUCGAAUAUCGAGGGUUAAUUAACACUCGAUAUUCGACUAGGAAUUAAAAUCCUUCGACUUCGAAUAUUGAAGUCGAAGGAUUUAGCGCAGAUAGUUCGAUCGAACGAUAAUUCCUUCGAUCGAAUGAUAAAAUCCUUAGAAUCGAAGGAUUCAAAGGAUUUUAAUCCAACGAUCGAAGGAAUAUCCUUCGAUCAAAAAAAGUUAGCCAAGCCUAUGGGGACCUUCCCCAUAGGCUAAUAUUGACUUCGGUAGCUUUUAGAUGGCGAACUAGGGGGUCGAAGUUUUUUUUAAAGAGACUGUACUUCGAUUUUUACUUCGAAUAGUUCGAUUCGAAGUCGUAGUCGAAGUAGCCCAAAAAAAACUUCGAAAUUCGAAGUUUUUUACCUUCGAAUCCUUCACUCGAAGUUAGUGAAUCGGCCCCUAAGUAUAUGAAAAGCUUGUGCAGUUGUAUUACUACUGAGCCAAAGCCAACAGUAUGACUUCUUCUAUGCACCAGUUGGACAAUAUGUAUGAAGACAAGGCAUCAUGCGCAUAAAGCGAUCUUCUUCGAUAGGUGGAAGGUAUUUUAAGGAUUGGCAUAUCACAGUUAGAGGUGCCUUGCUUCACUUUAGGUCUGAGACUUCAAAUAACUCCAAAGACUAAGAAGCUUUACUCAAGGCCAAUUCACAAUGUUAAGUACAAUUUGAGCAGAUUUGCUGGAGCUUGAACUCUAUGCCAUAUUUUGUAUUUGAAACUCUAGCUACUAUUAAAUUAUGUUUUGCAUUACAGUGUUGUUGCCAAUUUCUAAUUAGUAUAACUAGAUAAUUACCUAGAUCAUUUGGAACGCUUAAAUGAUCAUAAUGUAUGGGGAGUGUUUUCUUAGCAAUUACCGGAACGCUUCAAUAAAAAAUGGUAUGGCACUUUAA